GCGACAGGAAGUAAACUGUUGGACCGCUUUGCUUUUCUUCAGGACGGCGAUGUAGCCACCAAAGCUAGCUAUGACAACCGACAGCCGCUGCCAAUAUGAUUCUCUCUGCAAUGUUUAAGUUUCCCUGUUGAUAAGAAAACGACUUUAAAGAAGAAACAGCAGCUGCAAUAACUGUCAAGCUGAACUGAGUAGCAUGCUGGACGUGGGGAAGUGGCCAGUGUUUGCACUCCUUCCUCCUGAGGAACUACGGCUUAUCCGCCAGGCUUGUGUCUUCGGUAGUGCUGCUAACGAAGCUCUCUAUGUUACUGUUAAUGAUGAGGUCUUUGCCUUAGGCACCAACUGUAGUGGCUGCUUAGGCCUCGGAGACCUUCAAAGCACUAUUGAGCCGCGCAGGAUUGAUAUCUUGUGCGGAAAGAAGAUUGUGUCCCUGAGCUAUGGUACAGGACCGCAUGUGGUUAUUGCCACUGCAGAUGGGGAGGUGUUCGCCUGGGGUCACAAUGGCUACAGCCAGCUGGGAAAUGGGACCACCAACCAUGGUCUGACCCCUGCCCUAGUCUCCACCAACCUCAUCAGCAAGAGGGUGACAGAAGUGGCCUGUGGCUCCCACCACACCAUCGCUCUCACAAGUGAUGGAGAGGUGUAUGCGUGGGGCUACAACAACUCGGGCCAAGUAGGAUCUGGGUCGACUGCCAAUCAGCCAACACCACGUCGGGUUAGCAGCUGUCUGCAGAACAAAGUGGUGGUCAACAUAGCCUGUGGCCAGCUCUGCUCGAUGGCUGUCCUGGAUAAUGGAGAGAUUUAUGGUUGGGGCUACAACUGCAAUGGGCAGCUGGGUUUGGGAAACAACGGAAAUCAGCAAACUCCAUGCAGAAUCGCUGCUCUGCAAGGUGUCAACAUUGUGCAGGUGGCAUGUGGAUAUGCGCACACAUUGACACUUACGGAUGAGGGAUUUGUUUAUGCGUGGGGAGCCAACUCCUAUGGACAGCUGGGAACAGGCAAUAAAAGUAACCAAGCGCUCCCCAUCCUAAUAAAUACAGACAAGGAAAGGAUGGUGGAGGUAGCUGCCUGUCACACCAGCCACACGUCAGCUGCUAAGACACAGAGCGGGCAGGUCCUGAUGUGGGGUCAGUGUCGAGGUCAGGCCGUGUCCAGCCCUCAUCUUACCCACUUCAGCAGCACUGAUGACGUGUUUGCCUGCUUCGCCACGCCGGCCGUCACGUGGCACCUUCUCUCAGUGGAUGGAGAUGACUACCUGACAGUUGCCCAGUCUUUGAAGAAGGAGUUUGACAGUCCAGAGAUUUCUGACCUUAAGUUCUUAGUUGAUGGGAAGUGCAUAUAUGUUCACAAAGCUCUUCUGAAGAUCAGGUGUGAGCAUUUCCGUACUUUGUUGAAUGAAACAGAUGAAGAUGUUAUAGAAAUUCACCAGUUCUCAUAUUUAGUGUACAGAGCCUUCCUGGAGUAUCUCUAUACAGACAAUAUUAACCUGCCACCAGAGGAUGCUAUUGGGUUGCUUGACUUGGCAACGUUUUACCGAGAGAUGAGGCUCAAAAGAUUGUGUCAGGAAACUAUCAAGCGGGGCAUUUCUGAAGAGAACGCCAUCACGCUGCUUUCUGCCGCCGUCAAGUAUGAGGCUCGGGACCUGGAGGAGUUCUGCUUCAAGUUUUGUGUCAACCAUCUUACGGCUGUCACUCAGACCCAGGCUUUUGCAGACAUGGAUCAUGACCUGCUCAAGAACUUCAUUAGUAAGGCAAGCCGCUACGGGGCCUUCAAAAACUAAAGCGCCCCUGUAGCGAUGGAUUCUUGACAAUAUGUUUUAAUUCUGCAAAAGGAGAGCCGACCAAAGUGAACAUUGAGCUGUUCAGCUCUGCAAAGACUUGCUACUGGGGAUGUAAACACUGAAGAGGCGAGUGGUUUCUGGUGGCAGUGGCUAUCUGAUCCUGCCGUGUUACUACUCUAAGCCUUGUCCAAACAUGGUGAAGUGGCACAGAAGCAUUGGGUUACUCUACUAAUCCGGCCUUAACAUGAAGAAGUACAGCAGAGGUUGCAGUUUGUCAGACGUGCAUCACUAAGAGCAAGCUUAACUCCGCCUCCAUCUGCCUGGUUUAAAGCAGACAUACAACAAACAUACAAAUGGAUGGAUCUUAAAAUGCUGUAUGGUUAUUUACAUUUAUCCCUAUAAAUGAUAAAUUUAAGGACUUUUAAUUGCAAACUUCCAAAUUCUGCUGGAAGCUUCGACUGAACUUUAAAGCAAUCAGUGAAAAAUAAAUCAGCCCUUCUUAUUCUGCUGCAACCUACACAUCAGUCAGUCAGAGAUACAUGUGUAUAUACUGUAUAUAUGUUUUCUGUUUUUACACCAAUGUAAAGCAAAAGAAGACAUGUGUGGUCAUUAGAAAUGGUUCCAUCAUAUUGGGUGAUCCAGUGGAAAGCUUCAUACUCUGUUGUUUACAGAAUCUAAGCUUAUGAAGAGCAGAAAGUAGUGCAGAGUUGAUAUAUCAUGGAGAACCAAUCACUGCUCAGAAAUAAAUUACUAGAAAGUUAAUCAUCAAACUUAGAUUUUUUUUCAUACUCCUUAUGUUAUUUGGAUGCCUUGGUUCUCAUAAAUUUGAAAAGUGAGAAUUUUGCAAAGCGUCCAAACUGUUCUGCUUAUAAUGCCCUAUUUAGUAUUUAGCAACUCUAUAGUUAUUGGCAUCUCUGGUAAAGAUGUGUUCAAAACUCUCGAGUGGAAGGAUUGUUAACAUGGAGAAACUGUGAUUACAUUCUUUGUUGCAGUUCUCUAACCAUAAGCUUUGAAAUUUGUUUUUCUUCUUCCUUCCUCACUGUUGGUUCUGUCUGCAUCUACCUUUGCUUGUAUGUUGAAGUUGUUUUAAACUUUUUGGGAGGUUAUCUAUUGUCCUGCUGCCAUUUUCUGACAUUAGCACACACCUAACUUACUUAAAUGAAACAUUCUUUUGUUUUCCCCACUUUAAAGACAGACUUUGGAAAAAAAAGGAGCAUGAACCAAACAGUAAGUCAAUAAUUACUGAUUUUGGAAUUGUAACUAUGACAAUAUUUUUUUUUGUCUUUUGGUAUCUGAUUUCCAUUUUCUGACCCAACUUUACAAAAAGCUUCACAGACACUAAUUUUAGCAAAUUUCAAUUUUAUUUAAGAAUUAUAAAAUAAUUUAUAACAGCAUUCAAUAGUUUUUCUAACUCACUUUUUUCAAGCAGAGGUUAUGUCACACUGUAUGUGAGAAAGCCCUUGCUGUGCACCGCUAAACCUCUCUUUUUUUGCGCUGAACGUCUUGCUGUCGCUCACUCUUUCGCAGCCUGAAGGAACUGCAGACAUUUCUUGACAAGUUGUAGCAAAUACAACUUUUUACAGUUCUGCUUCCUCAGAUUUAUAUUUUAAACACAAUCCUGUUUUUGAAAAUAGCUAAGUUUGAGUAUUCUUUUUAUAUCAACAGUGUCCCACACAAAAAAGGCUUGAUUACCUUGUCCUGACAUCUGGUGCUUUCAGUUAUCUGAAAAGUAACACAUUUCUCUUCCCAUUUCUGGCUGGUCAGAGACGAUCAAGUUGAAAAUCAUUUAUCGGUUUCCUGCCAAUUACUUACUAGAGCUCCAUUAGAUUUUCUUCUUUUUCUCGAAAUCAAAAACCAAAAAGCAACACAUAUAUUGCAUCUUCAUCCUGGGUGACAGUAAUUGUAGAGGAUGCUAUAUGUUUGACAUCUUCAAUUCAAAACAGUUUGCAUGGUAAUUUCAGAUUUAAUGAACAGUUUUACCAUAUCUUUUAUUGUUUACUAAUUUAUGCCAUCAGAACAUGUUACAAUUGCUGAGCAAUUGUUAGCUAACACUUGGCCAGAAUGAAAAAGAAAUGUAUUUUUUUUUAAUGCAAAAAUUUACUUUUAAUGAGCUUUAUAUGAUGUGAACUGUGCAGCUGGAAAUUGUGCUUUACUCACAACAAAUAUCACAAAAUCCAUGUUUACUGUUGCUGUGUGGAUGAAUUUAAAUAGAACUGUCUUUUUUUUGGUAUGUUUACACACAUUUGUUUUUUAAUUAUUAUUAAUGUCAUUGUUAAAUCAUUGUCAGCAGGUGUUUUUUUACAAUAAUAUAUCCUCUUACAUCACCUUAUGGUAACAGGUACUGCUAGUAUUGUUUCAAUAAGCAGUUUAUAUUAGUUUAGAAAAAUUGGAUAUAAAGAAAUAUCAGCUUGCUUUUACUUUGUAUGAUUGAUGCUGAUAAUGUCUGAUAGACAUGCUGAAAUAAAUAACAUAAUCAUAAAUUAUUGGGGUUUUUUCUUACUGCAGAGCACUCCAUCCUUGUAUGAGUUUUAAUAUAAGCAUUAAUCAUCUUUUUUCUUAGUAAAUCUAUCUAAUGUGGUUAAAGAGACAAAAUUAACAGAAUAUGCUUGUAACAACUCACACAAUGUUCUCAUUCAAAGAAAUCAACAUAUAUCAGUCUAUAAAUAAAGUUAUCCAGAGCUUUUCAAUUGGAUUCAAGUUUAAUAAUGAACUGAGUCACCUAUAUAUUUUAUAUUAUUUUUUUCUCAACUCAAUUUCGAGUUUCUUUUGCUUUGUUUAGGAUCAUUUGGUUCUGAGACAUUCAUUAUCAAGAGUGUCCCAGUAUAUUUAUCCAGUACCAUACACUAAAAAGCAGCCUCAUACCAUGAUGCUUCCACUUUUAAACUCUACUGUCGAUAUAGGUUGAUAUGAAAUGCGUCGACAUUUUUACUUCAAACUAGGCGUGCAGUGACAUCCACACAGAGCAAUUUUUGUCUCACAUAUUUUCCCAAGGUUUGAUGGGAUUACACCCAUUUCUGAUAGACUGACUUUCUGUAACAUUCCUUCCUGUUUUAAUAAAGGUGACAGAACAGCA